CUGAGCCACGCCUGGCCGGGCCAUACUUAACUUUAAAAUAUUUGUUUGGUAUAAUGUGAUUGGGAAUGUGUUAAUUUAAAAGAAGUGGCAGCUUAGGAUAUUGUGACAUACUACCCAGAAAUAUGCUAUGGCUGUUCAUCUUUCUUCAUAUAUGUCAAAUAAGCUUAGUAAAAUAAACUUAAUAAAAAUCAUAAAUUUCUUUAUGUAGAUCAUGUACAUGUCUUACUUGCUUUAUCUAUAGGUAUUUUAUUUGUUGUUGUUGCAGAAGUCUCCUUUUUCAUGGCUUCUUUUCCUUCCAUCAGCUCUGCCUCCUCUUCCUGCCCAUCCCCUAGGAAGGACCCCACAGGAAGGACGGAGAAGGCAAUGGCUAUUGGACCUCUAUCAUCGGGAGCUCAGGCUGGGAAGCAAGACUUGAAACUAGAGCCAACUUCAGAGCUAACAUUACUGAAGAUUUAUUCUAUCGGGUAAUAAUGGAAAAGGAAGGUCUCUGGCAUUCUUCUUUAAGGGAAACCUGGGAACCUGAUAAUUGGUUAGAGGGGCAACAGAAAAACCAGGAUAGACAUCUGGGUCAAGUGGCAGUUAUCCAUAAGGAAAUCCUCACAGAAAGGAGAGUAUGUAGGGGUAAUGAGUUUGAAAGAUGUUCCAGUCAGGGUUCAAUCACUGAUAUACAACAAAGUAUUCCUAUGGGAAAAAGACCCUGUUAUCAGAAUUCACAUGGAAAAGAUAUCAAACAAAAUUCUGAGUUAAUUAAUAUUCAAAGAAUGUUUGUAGGGAAGAAAAUCUAUGAAUGUAAUGAAUGUGGGAAAGCUUUCAGCCAGAGCUCAUCCCUUCUUAAGCACCAGAAGAUUCAUACUGGGGAGAAACCCUAUAAGUGUAAUGUGUGUGGGAAGCACUUCAUUGAACGUUCCUCCCUUACUGUACAUCAAAGAAUUCAUACUGGAGAGAAACCCUACAAAUGUAAUGAAUGUGGCAAAACCUUCAGCCAAAGCAUGAACCUUACUGUUCAUCAAAGAACUCAUACUGGAGAAAAACCCUAUCAGUGUAAUGAGUGUGGAAAAGCUUUUCGCAAGAAUUCAUCCCUUAUUCAGCAUGAAAGGAUUCAUACUGGUGAGAAACCCUACAAAUGUAAUGAAUGUGGGAAAGCUUUUACACAAAGUAUGAAUCUCACGGUGCAUCAAAGAACUCAUACAGGAGAAAAACCCUAUGAAUGUAAUGAAUGUGGGAAGUCUUUCAGUCAAAGUAUGCAUCUUAUUGUACAUCAGAGAAGUCAUACUGGAGAGAAACCCUAUGAGUGUAGUGAAUGUGGAAAAGCCUUUAGUAAGAGCUCAACUCUUACCCUGCAUCAACGAAAUCACACUGGAGAAAAACCCUACAAAUGUAACAAAUGUGGGAAAUCCUUUAGCCAAAGUACAUACCUUAUAGAACAUCAGAGACUUCAUUCUGGAGUAAAACCUUUUGAAUGCAAUCAGUGUGGAAAAGCUUUUAGUAAGAAUUCAUCUCUUACUCAACAUCGGAGGAUUCAUACUGGAGAGAAGCCUUAUGAGUGUAUAGUAUGUGGAAAGCAUUUUACUGGGAGAUCAUCCCUUACUGUACAUCGGGUUAUUCAUACUGGAGAGAAACCUUAUGAAUGCAAUGAAUGUGGAAAGGCCUUUAGCCAGAGUGCAUACCUUAUUGAGCAUCAAAGAAUUCAUACUGGUGAGAAACCCUAUGAAUGUGAUCAGUGUGGCAAAGCCUUCAUUAAAAAUUCGUCACUUAUAGUGCAUCAGAGAACUCACACAGGAGAGAAACCCUAUCAGUGUAACGAAUGUGGAAAAGCCUUCAGUCGGAGUACAAACCUUACACGACAUCAGAGAACUCAUACAUGAGGAAAGUUUUCACUGUGACCUUUGCCAUGAUUAAUUGUUCAGUGAUAAUCAGAUAAGUCAUGUUGUGUAGAAACCUAAUGUAAAGAUUUUAGGAAUCUUUUAGUUGAAGUAUCUUAUAGCAUAUCAGAUCAUACAGAGAAACCACUGCAGAGAAACCAUAUGAAAGUAGAAAAUCUUGAUUGAAUCAGAAAGUGAAAUUUUGUAUCAGGUUUAAGUAGCUGAUAUUCUAAACAAUGAGGAUUCAUCAUGCUGAAGAUAAGUUCUGUUGUAUCAUACUGCAGAUUCUCCUUUGGAUGUUAGAGACUUCACAGUAGAGAGAAAAUGUGAGAGUGCUUAACUGGACAGCCCAAAGACCUGGUAUGUUCUUUGAUCUGUCACUAACUUGGACAAGUCACCUACUUUCACCAGGUCACAGUGUCCUUAUUUGGUAAAUGAGGGAUUUUGGAUUUAGAAGGUCUCCAGGAUCCUUGUAAGCUCUAUAAAGCAACAAACCUAUAAAUAUAAUGAAUGCUGGGA